AUGCCAUUGCCACCUUUAAGGAACUUCUCUCAGUUUUCACUUUUUUUGCUUCAUUUAGAAUGUGAAAAACCUUUGGACCUCGCCAUCUUGGUUGAUAUAUCACAGAGUAUGGAUGACGAACAGCUCCAUAAAAUGGGGGAAAUCAUUAAUCAUUUGGUGGAGAACAUUGGCGUGUCUGAAAAAGACAGUCACGUUGGUGUUGUUACGUUUGGAGGCAAUGCAACCGUCCUCAACGACUUCGCCAACUCAAGGUACUACAAGGUAAGCAACUUGAAGAGGCUCGUGACCGGAGCCUUGGAAAAAACAUCGAAAAACGAUGGAACUCGCACAGACCUGGCUCAACACCUAGCUGCGAGACAUUUAUUUACCCAGGAUGGAGGCGACAGACCAGACAUCAGAAAUGUCGUACUCCUCUUUACUGACGGGAGAUUUUUUAUCAAUACAACAUGGGAUAAAAGAGAAAAUAUUACACUUAAGAACACGUCGAGAGAAUUGGAGGAAAAAAAGGCGAAGAUUUUUGUUGUUGGAGUUGGUACAGGUUUGAAAGAGAAGGAUUUUAAAGAAGCAGCUGGUCAAAGAGGAGACGUGAUUAUAAGAAAAAAUUUCGAGGAACUCGAGGAAACACUCGAUAAUUUGAUUGAGAACAUAUGCGCUGUGCCGGUAGUAACAUGUCCAGUGGACGUGGCAUUUGUCGUGGACAGUUCAACAAGUAUUUCCAGGUCAGAAUUCGACAACGAAAAGAAACUCGUGAAGGGCCUAUCAACGAGAAUGAGAAACAAAACCAAUAACUCCCGAGAAGCUCUGGUGCAAUUUAGUAUAUCAGCCUCUGUUAAAGUUAGAUUUAAUAGAACGUCAGAGAGUUUCGAAAAUGUUGUGCAGGGCAUAAGGAAAAUUGAGGGCCGAACGCGAAUCGACAAAGCCCUGGAAGCAACAUACGAAGAAUUCUUCUCAUCUGAAAGAAGGCGGGAUGCGUUUCGAAUCGCGAUAGUGAUGACGGAUGGUGUGCAGUCCACUGGUGCUAGAGGCUUAAGAGAAAGUUCCGAGCCUCUACGAAACGCAGGCGUUCGUGUAAUAGCCGUAGGAUUUGGGGCUGGCAUGGUCAGAAAAAGACUCAGACUGAUGACGGAGUCAAACGGUGACGUAGUGGAGGGCGAAAAAAUGGAAGACUAUUUUUCGGAGAUGCUCGAGAGCCUUGCAGAAACAAACUGCAGAAGGGCCAUUCGUAAGUGCUACUUAUUACCCUUCAGAUCCUAA